UUCUUCAAACCCCAAAAACCCUGGUGUUGAUAAACUCAUAUCGACAUAGAUUCUUAACCCUUUUCUCUUCCAAUCUACACUGUCCGUUGAAGAAAAUUUAGGGGUUUUCUUUACAAUUUGAAGCCCCAAAUAUCAAAUUUUCGUAAAAGAUAAGGUUCAAUGGCCCGUGAAUGGAGUGGGAUUCAGCAGUUUCCUCUUGCCACACAGAGCAAGUUACUGGAAUUACUUGGAACACUAAAGGAGAAGGAGAGGAACAGUUUGACAAUUCUUGUAAUGGGAAAAGGUGGUGUCGGGAAAUCAUCGACUGUGAACUCCAUUUUAGGGGAACGAGCAGUUUCAGUCAGUGCAUUUCAGUCAGAUAUUCCACGACCCGUGAUGGUUUCCCGUGAGCGGUCAGGGUUCACAUUGAACAUCAUUGACACACCCGGUAUUGUUGAAGGUGGAUAUGUCAAUGAUCAGGCCCUGGACCUCAUCAAAAGGUUUCUUUUGAACAAAACAAUAGAUGUUUUGUUAUAUGUUGACCGCCUGGAUUCCUAUAGAGUUGAUAACUUGGACCGACAAAUUGUCAAGGCAAUAACAGAAAGUUUCGGUAAAGAAAUAUGGCGUAAAGGAAUUUUGGUGCUAACACAUGCUCAGCUCACACCACCAGAUUUUCUUAGUUAUGAUGACUUUUUCGCACGAAGGUCAGAGGCUCUCCUUAAAGUUGUAGAAUCUGGAGCUCGGUUCAAUAAACGUGAAAUUCCGGGUCAUGCAGUUCCCGCCGUCUUGGUUGAGAACAGCAGCAGGUGUAGUAAAAACGACAGUGACGAAAAGAUUCUUCCAAAUGGAACUGCUUGGAUUCCCAACAUAGUGGAAACCAUCACAAAAGUUGCUACAAAUCAAAGUCAAAGCAUUCUGGUUGACCAGAAAUUGAUUGAUGGUCCAAAUGCAAAUGAAAGAGGGAAAGUGUUUAUUCCUGCCAUCUUAGCAUUCCAAUACUUGUUUGUUAAACGAGUUCAAAAAUGGAUCAAGGAUGAUAUCGCUAAAGCACCCAAGUCUUCUUGGGAAUGAGCUUGAGUUUUCUAUAGUUGCUUGGUUCUUGCAUAAAGCUGGUUUCGUCAAGUGAGUUAGAGACGGUUGUUCAUGGCGUUUUUUUUUUCAAAUAAUCUUAACUUGGUCUUGGUUUAGAUGUUUUUUGUCGAUUCAGCGAUUUUCUAGUGUUACAUGUUUUGUUCUAAGGCAUGAUUUAAGUUGUUCACUACGGAAAAUAGUGCUUGAGGUACCCAUGCCAUGAUUAGUAGUUUUUGUGGAAGCAUAUCUUGACUACCAAAAUAAAACGUUGUUAAAAGUUGAGGGACUAAAACCGUGCAUUUUGUUAAUUUCAUGGAUGUGUUCUGUCCGAUA